AUGGAUCUGGUGGCGGGAAAGCCGCGACAGAGGGCUUGGAAGCCUAAGGCGAGGUCGGGUUGUAAGACGUGCAAAAUACGCCGUGUAAAAUGCGACGAAGAAAAACCUCACUGUACCCGCUGCACCUCCACAGGCCGCACCUGCGACGGCUACGAUUCAAACUUCCGAUCCCCAAAGGCCAACACUUCCUCACCCCCAGAAGCCCAAAAUCUAUUAUCAUCAUUCUGCUCAGGAUCCACCCAGCGCACCCUCCGUAACCACUCCCCAAUCCCACACCCCCUCGCCCCAGCCCUCCCCCUCUCCACCACCGAAGAAAAAUUCAGCUUCUCCUUCUUCACAUCCCACGCGAUACCCAAACUGCGCGGCUUCCUCGACUCCCCCUUCUGGCAACGCGAAGUGCUCCAAGCCGCGCACCGCGAGCCCGCAAUCCAGCACUGCAUCAUUGCCCUAGGCGCCAUGUACCGACGCUUCCACGAAGGCUCGCACUCGCACAUCCAGGAGAGCGCAAUGGCGGAUCAACACUUGCAAUUUGCUUUCUUGCAGUCCAACCGGGCUAUCAAAGUUCUCUUAGGGAAGGGCGGGACGAGUGAUUCGAAGACGUCAGGAAAAGAUAAAAUGACCUUAAUGACAUGUGCGAUUCUCUUCAGCAGCAUGUGCUGUCUUCAAGGCUAUCAGAAACACGCCGUGGAGCACUUGCGAAGUGGGAUUCGCAUGCUGAACGAGAUGGAUGAUGCGGGGGAGGCGGUGACGGAGCACGCUGUGGAGCUGGAAUCGCUACGCACGAUUUUCGUAGCGCUGGAUGCGCAGAUACGAGCUAUUAUGCCAUCUGCGCAAUCGAGGAGCUGGGUCAAGAAACCGAAAGUAAAGGCUGGGGGUCAAGCGUUGGAGGCGUGCCAGAAGCUUAGUAUGGCGAGUUUGCUGGGGGUGCUGAGGCAUAUGGAGUGUCUACUUAGCCAUAUCCAUGCCUUUAACCAAAAGACUUUUUUGAGGGGAGCGGGGGAGGAAGAGCAGGUUGGGGUGGAGUUGGGGGAGCUGGUGGAGAGGUUUCAUGCUGGGGCGAGGGUGAUGAAGAAGUUGUGGAGGGAAGCGGAGAAGAAGAGUCGCGACGAGUUUACGCAGCCGCUGAUUGCGCUCGAGCUGAUGCAGUGCCAGAUGGAGUAUUUGCUAAGGCUGCCCCGGGCGGAUAUCGUGGCCAGAUUUCCUUGCUUGGCUGCGUUCCAGCAUGCCAAAGAGCCGUUCACGACCCCGUUUGACGAGGCGGCUCUGUUUGCCAAUAUCUUUGAUUUAUGUGAUCAGCUGUUAGUUGUGCCGGGGGAUAGGUCUUCACCGGUUUUUAUGACUUCAAUGGGGCCAACGGCGGCACUGUGGUUCAUAGCCAUUCGCGCCCCUGCUUCCUGUCAGGCACUGCGGCGGCGUGCUGUCGGGAUGAUGCUGAGCUACCCUCGAAGAGAAGGCUUCUGGGAUGGCAUGGUCGCUGGUUGGAUAGCGGACGAGGCUUUGUCGCUUGAGCAGGAACGUACGAGAGCGGAACUGAACAUUCCCAGUGACGAUGCAGUGGGCGAUUUAGAGGUGCCGGAGCAUCUGCGCAUCAUUUCUUUUUGGCUGACAUAUCCUGACGAUGAGGAUCGAAAAGUAAGAGUUGGAUUCUCGGAUGCAGGAGAUUUGGUUGUGGGGGUGCCAGGUGCUGUCAAGUGGUUUACCUGGUGA